GAUCGAACGACCAUAAUCCUCAAUGCACGCCAUAACACCUAAUUCCUACCUCUUAAGAAAUCUCAUCUCUUCGACCCUGAAGGUAGCUCUAAGACUAGUGAACGCUGCAACUUGAAACCCUCUCCCAGAUAUGGUGUCGUCUCUAAGACUACCAACGCUCACCUCCCUCUUCUCUCCCUCCUUCACCCGCCGCUCCGCGGUUUACAUGCGGCGGCGUAUCCAUCUCCGUCCUCCUCUAGCCGCUGGGUUCUCCGCCCAAAGCGCGGCGUCGAGUCCAACGGAGACUGAAGACCGAGUUGACAAUAAGAAAAGCGGCCGAGUUCAAGACCGAGGGAAUACGGACGGAAUCAUCACGCCUCGAUCUCAGGACUUCAAUGCUUGGUACCUUGAUAUUAUUGCCAACGCUGAGCUAGCUGAUUAUGGCCCCGUUCGUGGUACCAUGGUUAUUCGACCCUACGGUUAUGCUAUUUGGGAGGCAAUUCAGGAUUAUUUGAAUGUUAAAUUCAAGGAGACUGGGCACAGUAACAUGUACUUUCCACAGUUUAUUCCAUACUCAUUUAUAGAGAAAGAAGCUAGCCAUGUUGAGGGAUUUAGUCCAGAAUUAGCUCUUGUCACGGUUGGAGGAGGAAAGGAACUCGAAGAGAAACUUGUGGUUCGACCUACCAGUGAAACCAUAGUAAAUCAUAUGUUUACACAGUGGAUUCACAGUUAUCGUGAUCUUCCUCUAAUGAUUAACCAGUGGGCAAAUGUCACUAGAUGGGAGAUGCGCACGAAACCAUUUGUAAGGACCCUCGAAUUUCUUUGGCAGGAAGGUCACACAGCACAUGCCACACCAGCAGAGGCAGAAAAUGAGGCGCUACAAAUGAUUGAUGUCUAUACAAAGUUUGCUUAUGAGCAAGCUGCAAUACCUGUAAUUGCAGGUAGAAAAUCUAAAGUGGAAACGUUUGCUGGUGCUGACAAGACCUACACAAUAGAAGCUAUGAUGGGUGAUCGUAAAGCCUUGCAAGCUGGAACCAGCCACAACCUUGGGCAAAACUUCUCCCGUGCCUUUGGGACACAGUUCACUGAUGAAAAUGGCCAAAGGCAACAUGUGUGGCAAACGUCUUGGGCUAUCAGCACAAGGUUUGUUGGUGGUAUUAUCAUGACCCAUGGAGAUGAUACUGGUCUGAUGCUUCCUCCGAGAAUUGCACCAAUACAGGUUGUGAUUGUACCAAUUUGGAAGAAGGUUGAUGAGAAAGCAGGAGUUCUAGAUGCUGCAAAAUCUGUUGCAGAAGCUCUGAAAACUGCUGGACUUAAAGUUAAACUUGAUGACACAGAUCAGAGGACACCAGGAUGGAAAUUCAAUUUCUGGGAGAUGAAGGGAGUACCUCUAAGGAUUGAAAUUGGUCCCCGUGAUGUUUCAAGUGGGAGUGUGGUCAUAUCUAGAAGAGAUGUUCCUGGAAAGCAAGGGAAAGUUUUUGGAAUAUCUAUGGAACCUUCAAUAUUAGAAGCUUAUGUCAAAGAUAGGUUGGAUGAGAUCCAAUCAUCUCUUCUUCAGAAGGCAAUAUCUUUCCGGGACAGUAACAUAGUGGAUGUGAGCUCUUAUGAAGAACUCAAAGAAGCAAUAUCUUUGGGCAAAUGGGCUAGGGGACCUUGGUGUGCUAGUGAUGCAGACGAGUUAAGAGUGAAGGAAGAAACAGGGGCAACGAUUCGUUGUUUCCCCUUUGAACAGCCUCGGGGGACCAAAACAUGCUUGAUGACAGGCAACCCUGCAGAGGAAGUUGCUAUCUUUGCAAAAUCUUAUUAAGGACUUUGGUAAAGUAGAUUUUCAAGCCCACAGACUAUCUGGUUUUGCAAUUAUAUGUCAUGAAUUUUGUCCAGGUUUUUAUGCCCACUUCCUCGUCUAUAUAAACAAGUAGCUUUGAUCAGCGCACAUAACUGUUUUAUGCAUUUUUAAAGCUUU